AUGGCCCUGGAGACAAUGCCAGUGCCGUUGGACGCGCACGCAAAGCCUCCGUCAAGCCUUCGCGAUGUCUACAAAUAUUACCACAAACUCAAGCCGACCGCCCUGGGAAGUCAUCCAGGCCUGAUCCAAUUUGACGGCUGUUCGAGCAGCAGUACCAGCCACAGUCUGAGAAGAAAGGUAGGUCUUUUCAUUUAUCCCUCUCUGUUCCCGCCACAAAUCCAGCGAGAAUUGCUCUCGAGACUGCUGCAUCGAGACUUGACAAAUCCCCAGCACAUGACGAAUGUCCACACGCAUUACAAUGUUCAAUACCCAUCGAAGAGUGAGGACGAGGACGCAUCGUUCUUCGACGAGUCUUGCCGCAGUACUGUCUUCGAACCACACGAUCCUGCCCUUCACAAGCCCAUCUCAACGGAGCAAUUCCUGAACAAGAAGCUCCGCUGGACUACACUGGGAGGCCAAUACGAUUGGACAAACAAAGUCUAUCCGUCGGGCCCUCCGCCCGCGUUUCCGCCCGACAUCAAGAAGCUUGUUGAGGACAUCUUUCCGAUGAAAGCGGAAGCUGCGAUCGUCAAUCUCUACUCGCCUGGCGACACACUCAGUCUGCAUCGAGACGUCAGCGAGGAAUGCAAUAGGCCUUUGGCAAGCGUCUCCCUAGGCUGCGAUGCCAUCUUCAUGGCAGGUCUUGACGAUGAAGCUGAGGAUGGAAAGUCGAAGGUGGCGGUCAUGCGAUUGAGAUCUGGAGAUGCCGUGCUCAUGAGUGGUGAGAGCCGUUAUGCAUGGCAUGGCGUCCCGAAGGUCUUGGAAGAUACUUGUCCUGGUUGGAUGGCGGAUUGGCCUGGCAAUGAUGCGCAUGGCAUUGAUCGAUAUCAGCAUUGGGCGGGCUGGAUGAAAGGCAAGCGGGUGAACUUGAAUGUUCGGCAGAUGUUUGGAUGA